AUGGUUCAAACAUCAGAUCUCAAAGUCGAGAAGCUCUUCUCCGUCAAGGACUAUGUCUGCGUUAUCACAGGCGGCGGUUCAGGCAUUGGCUUGAUGGCUGCUCAGGCUCUGGCUGCUAACGGCGCCAAAGUCUACAUCAUCGGCCGCCGCGAAGAAGCGUUAAAGAAGGCAGCCGAGUCGCACAGCCCUACCGACUCAGGCAACGGCCAGAUCAUCCCUCUCACUCCCUGCGACGUGACCUCCAAAGACGACCUCGAGAAAUGCGUCAAAGCGUUCUCCGAGAAAGAAGAUCACCUCGAUCUCCUCCUAACAGCGGCCGGAAUCACGAGCACCAAAGCCGCGCCCGACACCGAAGAUGCCGGCGACCUCAAGGCGAAACUCUGGGACAACGAGACGUUCGAAGACUGGCGCAACACCUACAACACGGACGUCGCGGCCGUGUAUUUCAGCACCGUCGCCUUCCUCCCGCUCCUCCAAGCCGCCACCAAGAAGCGCGGCCAUCUUCACGCCUCCGUCAUCGUCAUCAGCAGCAUGAGCGGCAUAAUGCGCGACUCCCAGGGCCACUUCUCCUACAACGCCGCCAAGGGCGGAACUGUGCACCUCACCAAGCUCAUGAGUGCCGAGUUCCAGAAGAUCAGGGUGCGGGUGAACAGUAUCGCGCCGGGCUACUUCCCGUCGGAGAUGACGACCAGCGAGUCAGGCGGUGAUCAGAAGAGCGAGCUGCCGGCUGAGAAGAUCCAGGAGAAGGGACAUGUGCCGGCGCAGCGCGCGGGGAGUGACGAGGAGAUGGCGCAGGCGGUGCUGUUUCUGACUAAGAAUCUUUAUGUUAACGGGGAGAUUUUGGCGGUCGAUGGGGGAGUGUUGAAUGUGGUUGGAGGGCGGUGA